AUGGAAGAUAAUACAUUUAAUAAACUAGUGGAAGUAAUACAAUAUAAAAUAUUAGUAAGUUUAAUCUCAAUUGACUGAAUUACAUGAUAAUAUUGAUCAAUUUGAUUAAGAUAAUAAAGACGUCUCAAAUUCAAGUGUUGGUUAAGAUAUCGUUGAUUUACAAGAUCAGAUAUAAAAUCUUUUUAAAUAAAUCUAAAACAAUAUCCAAAGACUUGAUAAUAAUACUGGACAUCUUACAGGUCGAUAACAAAGGUAUUACCCAAAUAAAGCUAUUAAAGAAUGAAAUAAAUUAAGUAAUUCUAUAAAAAAGAAAUCGAAAAAUUUACUCAGAUUUGUAAAUUAUUGGAACAAAAAUUACAAGAAAAACGAAAGACAUUAGCAACAAAUUAAUAAGGUAGAUGGAAUGACCCUAAACCAAAACCUAUAGAUGAAUUGUAAGAGUAAUUAAUGCAUAAUUAAUAUGAUAUUGAGAAUUAAGUAAUAAGAGAAAGAUAGGAAGAUAUUCAAAAAAUUGUAUUCAUUAUUUUUAUUUUAAAAAGGAUCAUGAAGCUUAAAUGUUAAAUAAAUUAGUUGGAGAAUUAGCAUUAGAAGUUCAUAAAGCAGAUGAAGUUCUUGAUCUAAUUGAUACAAAUCAAUAAACUACAAACAAAAACUUAAUUAAAGUUAAUGUAGAAUUAGUUGAAGCCCAAGACUCUUAAAAGUCGGCAAAUAAGAAAUGGUUAAUAAUAGGACUUUUGACAAUUAUACUUGUAGGAGUAUUAGUCACAAUUUUAGUUUUAAAAUUGAAGUGA